AUGCAUCGCGAACGAUUCUGGCACACAGCAUCCUUACUUCAUAAUGGAAAAGUGUUAGUUACUGGUGGAACUAGUGGAGAUUUUUCAAACACUACAGAAUUGUACCAUCCAUCAACAGGAAAUUGGACGAUGGCUAGUAGAAUGAAAGAUGCACGAUAUCUACACACAGCAGUGGUACUAAUGAAUGGUAAAGUGUUAGUUAUUGGAGGACAUGAUGACCAAUUUGGUUAUUUAAAAAGUGCUGAGUUGUAUGAUCCACGAACAGGAAAAUGGACAACUACUGGUAGUAUGCAUUAUGUACGAUAUCAGCAUACAGCGUCCUUAUUACCAAAUGGAAAAGUACUAGUUGUCGGUGGAAUGGCUGAUUUUGGUUGUCAUAAUAGCUGCGAAUUAUAUGAUCCAUCAACUGGAAAAUGGACAAUUACUGGCGGUAUGCAUGUUGGUCGAUACCAGCAUACAGCUUCUGUAUUACCGAAUGGAAAGGUGUUAGUUAGUUGUGGAUUCAACACUGGCGAGAUUUUCCUAAAAAGUAGCGAAUUAUAUGAUCCAUCGACAGGAAGAUGGAAAACUAUUCGUAGCAUAAAACAUGUAGGCCGACUUCACACAGCAUCCUUAUUAAGAAAUGGAAAACUGUUAGUUACUGGUGGAUUUAAUGAAGAUCGUGUUGCUAUAAAAACUGCUGCUCUAUUUGAUCCAUCAACAGAAACUUGGACAACUACUGGCAGCAUGCAUCAUGCACGAGGUAUGCACACAGCAUCCGUGCUACCGAAUGGAAAAGUAUUAGUUUCUGGAGGAAGCAAUAGUGGUAUUUAUGCUAGUGGUUUAAAAAGUGCUGAGUUAUAUGAUCCAUCUACAGGAACAUGGACAACAACUAGUAGCAUGCAUUAUCUUCGAUGGUCUCACACAGCAACUGUAUUAACAAAUGGAAAUGUAUUAGUUGUUGGUAGUUCAGUUGAAUCCAGUACCACAGACACUGCUGAGCUGUAUAAUUCAUCAAAUAAAUGA